CCCGUCCCCUCUCUUUCCUUGUCAAAGCCAUGUUCAGACUGGUUCAGACAUGAUUUUGAUAUUCAGAAUUUUUAUUUUUUCUUAAUUUCGUACCGGUGUGCUUAUAAAAUGGAUUAUAAUGCAAAAAUAAAGAAACAAACAAAAUUACUGUCAAGCGAAGAACUGAAUCGGUUAUCUAAAGAGGAACUCAUAGCAAAAAUUCAGUCCUUAGAAGCACAUAACUUUCAAUUACAAAAUGUUAUUGCUAAAUCUAAUAGUAACCACCAACGAAAACAAAAUAGCAAUAGUUUUGAUUUCACUAGCUGUAGAUACAGACAUAUUCUGUUAAAUUUCUUUUAUUUAGGGUGGAAUUAUCAAGGAUUUGCUGUACAAGAAGACACAACUAAUACUAUUGAGUACUUUUUAUUUGAAGCUCUAAUAAAAACGUGUUUAAUAAAGGACAGAAGUUCUUCUAAUUAUAACAGAUGUGGUCGAACAGAUAAAGGCGUUAGCUCUUUUGGACAAACAAUUUCAAUAACAGUAAGAAGUAGACUUACCAAAGAAAAUGAACACGAGUUGGACAAAGAAAUUAAUUAUUGUAAAGUAUUAAACAGAGUUUUACCAGAUUUUAUUCAAUGUAUCUCAUGGGCACUUGUUCCUGUUCAAUUUAGUUCUAGAUUUGACUGUAUAAGUCGCUUGUAUAGAUAUUAUUUUGUAAAAGGAACCCUAGAUAUUGAGGCUAUGAGACAGGCGUCAAAAUGUUUAAUUGGGAGUCAUGAUUUCAGAAAUUUUUGUAAAAUGGAUGUUGGAAAUGGCGUUGUACAGUUUGUGAGAAAUAUACUUGAUUUCAGGAUAGAACUUUUAGACAAUGAAAGUAGCAAAAUUAAUGAAUACACAAUAUAUGUGGCAAAUAUUCAAGGAAAUGCUUUUUUGUGGCAUCAAAUAAGAUAUAUCAUGGGUAUAUUAUUCUUAAUAGGUUCAAAAAAAGAAAAUCCAGAUAUAAUAAAUAAACUUUUAGAUGUAAAAGAAAACCCAAGAAAACCAGAUUACCAUAUGGCAAAUGAAGUCCCUUUAAAUUUGUUUCGAUGUGGCUAUGAAAAUAUAAAUUGGCAGUAUUCUAAAGACAAUUUAAAAAGUGUUUUAGAAACUCUGAGAAGAAUAUGGGUCUUUAAAUCUAUAAAAGUUGCUAUGAUAGAAGAUAUAAUAAGUAAUUUAAUGAAACAAGUGGAUGGAUCAUGCGAACUGAGAUGUUUAAGUGAAAAUUUGUUAAACGGUGUAAAAACGAAGAAAUAUGUUCCGGUAAUGAAAAGACAAAAAUGUGAGAGCUUGGAAGAUAAAAUCGAACAUUUUUCUAAACGGAAUAGAAUAGAACUUGUUUCCAAUGAGAAUAAAAAAUAAAGGAUUUAUAGUUAAUCAG